AUAAUUUCGUCAUCGCCAACAUGGCGACGUUUCAGGCGCUGAACGUCAACUUAGUGAAAUACGUAUGCUCUUGUGGGAAGAAUCAUCCUGUUUGCAGGCUUUAUUUGUGCCGACAUUGUUUGAAGUUAAGAUGUGGAGAUUGCGUACUUCAUGAAGUGGACACACCAUACUGUCCCAACUGCCUCGAGCAUAUGCCAUCAACAGAAGCCAAACUGAAGAAAAAUAGGUGCAGUAACUGUUUUGACUGUCCAAGCUGUGGUCAUACAAUGACCACUAGGGCUACAAGUCAGGUGGUCACCAAUCCUGACGACCCAAGCAAGACCACAUCCAAAAAGGUUUACUACCUUGCUUGUGGUUUCUGUCGCUGGACCACCAGGGAUGUAAGCAUUACUGACAAGCCACAAGCCAGUGGAUGUUGGGAAGCUCUUGAAAAUCCAGAUUCUAAAAGGAUUUUCUCUCUGUUGGAGACCUACCAACAACUCGCCCAGCGGGAAAAGACGGAAAAAGAAAGGAAAAAAUAUGUGAGGCGACGCAGUUAUCUCAACUAUGCUGCCAGCAUGGACAAGUAUGGACUGACAUCUGUUGCUGCGAAGAAGAAGGCAUCUGUCGGCUCUAGUAUGAGUACCCUGAAAGAGAAUGAGGAGGCUGUGAUUAAAACGUUCUCUCCCUCGGAGGCUGUAGUUGACUUUGAUCCUCUGACAGAUGACUUCUUCACAAAGCCAGUAUUAUUGGACAAAAUUGCCAGUAUUGGGCAGAGACUUGCCAGUCCAGAAUUCCAGCCAGAGGAGGCAGAGUCCUUGCAUCCUCGCCACAAGCAUUUGCUGAUCCGCAGGUCACUUAGGUGUAAGGAAUGUGAACACAACUUGAGCAAACCAGAAUUUAAUCCAGUUUCUAUAAAGUUUAAGAUCCAGUUGAUAGCACUACUUCAUGUUCCAGAGAUAAGAAUGUUUUCGCCUACAGAACUUAAACACAAAAAGGAGUGUAAGAUUGUGUUGUCCGUGUGUAACCCUGCUGGGUACAACACAACUGUCAGUCUACUACCCGUAAAGGAACAGGACGAUUACAGCAACUCAAAGGUUGAAUUGCCAAAACAAGAAGUGACCAUUUCAAGCCGGGAUGAUGCUGCAAUAUAUGAUGAUGGAAGCCAGGGACAAGAAGUGUUCAAGGAUGACCCAAGCAUUGUGAAGUUUAGACGAGACAAUAAGAUUGGACUGAUUAUCAAGGUGACCCCAGGAAUCCUGGAGGGGGAUAUCAAGGUUAGUUUCUGGCUGAAGCAUGACUACAGGAACACAGCCAUUGCCCUGCCAUCAGAAGGUCAAGAUCCACAGACGUUGUGGCUCCAGCAUCGUGUCCUCCUCAACAUCGGCCCACUCAGAGAUGCAAAGGGAUAACAAAAUAUAUGUUGGCUCAAAUAGGGGUCAUUGAAUGAGUUCAGGGUCAAAUAUUUUACAAAGAUCCUCGAUACUAGUCAAAUCCAGCAAGCAAAUCACCAGUUAUAGAGGCAUUCCUAGGAGUUAUAGAGGCAUUCCUAGAUCCCUCAUUUGUGGUGUAGGGUUUAUUCAGAACAUACGUGAUUCUUUUUUACAUGUACUUACUUGUCCAAAUGAUAGGCUGGUUAUUGUACUGGUAUUAGGUUCUUUUCAUACAGGAAAUUCUGGGGUUAUUUUUUCCCAUCACUUGAACUAAGCACUAAGCUGUUACUGGUAUCAUGAAACAAAUACUACAAGUGACAUUGAAUACAGCCGAACCUGCUUGAGACCACCUCUAUAAAGAAACUACCCCUGCUAGUAGACCACCUGUAUAUAAGACACCACUUUCAUUUCCCAAUGUAGUAAUUUGUAGGUUUGAACUGAACCAGUAUUAAGAGAUCGCUUGCAACAUAAUGUUCAAUUAAAAGAAAUAUAUUGGUCUUGUGUUAUGUGUAGAAAGUAAAUGAAAAUCCAGAUCUUAUAUGUUGGUAUUGUCACUUAAAGCCAGCAGUGUAUCUCAUUGAAGAAUUCUUGCAAGAGCAUUCUGUAAUUUAUUCAAAGCUUUCUGUGGCACAACUGACAUUCUGUCAGUAUUCUUCAAUGUACUGGUAGUGACACACUAUCUCUAUAUAGUGCUGGGUAGCUUCACUGUGCUACAGCUACUGUGAGGUGUGGCUCACUCGUACAUUGUCUUGUAGAAAAAAUGAGAAAUACUUGUAUGGGAGUUAUUUAUUAUGAAACUUUCCCCUUAAGCCAUUUAUGCUUGUCACUAUUAGUACAUUAAAUUUACUAUCAAGACUGCUUCGUUGUAUAUUAGUGGGAAACAAUAUAAAUUAAAUAAUGCUUUGAAUUUGUGUAAAGCACAACGUUUUAUGCUGGUCAGCAUGCAUGUUUUAUUCCUUAAAAUGCCAGAAUGUUUUUGGAAGGUUUGACUGGAAAAUAGAACUUGAUUAUCUAAUGACAUGUCAACUUAUCUGCUUCCUUCAGAACAUAUAUAUACUCUUACCGGUAAGUAACUUAGACGUGUUUGUAUUGUGAUUGUGUAGACCUGUAGACAGAUCUGUAUCCUGUUUAUGCUCUAUAGACACCUAGACAUGUCCGUUUGACGUUUCUACUCUAUAGCUAUAGGUAUACGUAUAGGUAUUAUGUUUAGACUCUGUAAGCAGGAAGACAUGUAUGUUUAUGUUGUUGUGUGAGAAUAACAUGUCCAUUGCUGACCAAUAAAUAGGACUCAUCAUU